UCAUCGUUGUUGUUGUUGUCGUCGUCGUCGUCGUCGUCGAAAUUUUCCUAUAUGAUUUUUUUUCUGUUUUGCAUCCAAUUAUAGAAUCGAUUCCUAAUUCUGUUACAAAUAAAAAUUCUUACUAUUUUAAAUAAAGAGAAUAUAUUAUGAAUAUAUUCAGUGUAUUAUUCAGCCAAUGAUCACCACUAUUUGUGAGUGAAAAUAAUCAUAAUUACUAAUUAAUAAUUCAUCUAUGAUGGGUGCUAGACAAAGUACAACAUCGACCAGUAGCAAUAGCAACAGUAAUGGUAGUCCAUCUCGGAUGAUACAUCAUCAACAACAGCAUCAUAAUCAUUCAAUAACUGAUGAAGAUAAUUCCUCAAACAUGGGUAAUUAUAAUUCAACAUAUUCGACAUCAUAUAGAAAUAAUAAUAGCCAUCGGUCAAAUAAUGAAAAUAAUCAAAUUUUUAACAACAACAAUAAUAAUGACAAUAAUUCACGACAACGUACGCGAAGUUUAGUGUUGUCCGGUGAUCUUACGACAUCCGGCUCGUCAUCAUCACGACCAUCACAUUCGAGUGCCAUCGAUUUUACAUCGACUACCUCAUCAUCACAUGACAUCCUUCCAAAUGAUUUAGAUGUUGAUAUUGGUUUUUCGUCAAUGACGUUUAUGCCUUUUUCACUUCCAAUUAUUCCAUAUAAUUAUAAUCAUGUCAAAUGUUCGGGUUGUUCGAAAGUCAUUCUGAAAGAUGAACUACAAUUUCAUUUGAUGUGUUAUAAACUUCCUUUUAAUUAUAAUGAGGAUGUGCUCACCGAAGACAAAGGUGAAUGUGUAAUUUGCUUAGAAGAUAUGCUUAAUGGUGAUAAAAUUGCCCGUCUUCCAUGUCUUUGUAUAUAUCAUAAAAAAUGCAUCGAUGCUUGGUUUAAUGUGAACCGAUCAUGUCCAGAACAUCCAACCAUUUCAGUCUAAUCAAAUCAACAAUGAUCAAUCAAUGGCAAAUAUAUGAAAAACAAAACACUGUUGUGGUUCGAAUAUAUUCUCUUUCCUAUCUUUCUAAUAUGAUCCAAUCUUCGAAUAUAAUCUGUGAAUUUGUUUCAUUUUUAUUUUUAUUAUCAUUUUUUUCGGCUUCAGAAUAUUAUUUUCAUUCAUUUUUUGUUUUUAUAUCUUUCUAAAUGAUUGUGAUAUCAAAUCGCUCGCCAGCAAUUUUUCCGUUAUUCUUUCCUCUACCCACACACACACAUACGCACACACACACACACACACAAACAUACACACAUUCAUUACACAAAAACACUCAAUUCUUGUCAGAAUUUGUCAAUUAAACAAACAACAAUCUCAUUUUUCUAUAAAA